AAUGUCAUUGAAAAGUUUGGAAAUGGUGGAAAGUCAAGUAAUCGAUUUGAGAAAAACGUUAACGGAUGAAAAACGAAACACAACAAAAUUAGGUGGUAUGCUUAAGACAGGUCAGGAUGCUCUAAAAGCUGAACAAGAGCGUGUUAAAUAUUUAGAAGAUCAAUUAAAAGCCAAGUCCGAAGAGUUGAUUACGUUGGCGAAAGAGACGCAUCCGGAUUGGGAUGUUAUCGAUACGGUUGUAGAGGGUUUGAAUAGUGGGGAGACUGAAAAGAAAAUCGAUGAGUUGCACGAAAAAUUGGAAAUGACUCAACGGGAGCUGCAAGACGAAAUAAAAGCUAAUCAACAUUUAUCUGGUAGAUUAAAAAUGUCUUUAAAUUGGUCGGAUAACGAUUACUUUGUACGGCUUUUAAAGGCCGAUAAACGCGGUUACGCCGCCUUAGAAUGCCUCGUCGACGAUCUUCACGUGGAUAAAGAUCGUACAAUCGGCAAAUUAUUAAGACAUUCAGGUUCUGAGGAUUUUUUAUGGGCCCUCGUUAAACUACUAGGUGACCCAAAUUCAAGGGUUGCUGGCAACGCCGCUUAUAUAUUGGGAACUCUAGCCGAAAAUGAACUUGGCUACCUUCGAGUCAUCUCACUCAUCAACUCAAAAUGCGCGGAAAGUAGACGGAUACUAUCCGACCUAACUAAUAUGUUGACCUUCGACGACUCGGAAAGCGUUAUGAACGCAGCUGGAACUAUAGGAACCCUCGCCGAAAGUCCGGAAGGUAGGGAGUGGAUGCUAAGGCAAGACUGCUUGGACGAUACUAUCGACCGUAUUACGAAUCUACUAUCGCACAAUAAUCUUUGGACGGCUAGCAACGCUGCCUUAGUCUUAGCUAGAAUUACCAUCUCGGAAGACGGCUGCGAACGUCUGCUUUGCCAUUCGAAUUCCUCUUCGAUUCUUACUAAUCUAAUACUUUCGUUGGGUGUCGACGAAGCGGGAAGGGGUAUGAACGCCGCUUUUGCCGUUGGACGCCUGUGCGAUACCGAUAAGGGUAGGCAUAAACUCCUAUCGUUACCAGAGUCCGAAAAGAUGAUAAGUUCACUAUCCAAAAUGCUAUGCUGUAACGAUUCGGGAGCGUCGAAGAACGCCUGCUUCGCUAUAAGUUGUCUAGCCACAAAUCCAAUGGGACAUUCUCGACUAUUAGAAAAUCAAAGAUCGGAAACGGUUUUAAAGACUUUAGCCGAACUGUUGUGCGCCGAAGAUUCGGAGACUGCCUGGUUUUCUGCUAUGACCCUACAUACUUUAGCUAGUCAGCCGAAGGGUUGCCUUAGGUUAAGGAAGACGAGCGACGUUACCAACUCCCUCAAGUCAAUAGCCCAAUCGGAGAUGAGCGAACAUAAGGAAGAUUUAAAGGAGGAGGUAAAUAAGACUCUGGCCAUUCUCAAGAGGUUAGACAAAGCCGAACCGCCUGACAUUGAACAGGAGUCGUUCGAGAAAGUCCUAGUUAAAUGGAAAGAGUCAAAAACAAAUUCUGGACUCAAAGUAAAAUAUCAAUUGUUUUUAGACGAUAUAUCUGUUUACAACGGUGAAAAAAUUGAACACGUUCUUAACAAGCUACAACCUCAUACGACUUAUACUGUUCGUUUAAGAGCCUUUACGGAGGGUGACGAAGCUCCACUUUCCGAUCCAGUUAAUUUUACAACAGCCGAAACUGUUCCAACUAUUCCACUUAAUUUUAGAUUGUUAGUUCGAACAACAACACAACUUAAAUUAGCUUGGGAUCCUCCAGAAUUUUCUAAUGGAAUAUUAAAAGGAUACUACGUUUAUCUUGGGGAAAAACUAUCCGAACAUACUUACGAAACCAGUUGUAUAGUCUCUAGUUUACAGCCGAGUACUAGUUAUGACUUUAAAAUAUGUGCCGCGACGAGUAAAGGGAAAGGACCUUUUGAUCAAAUCACAGCAACAACUGCUGAGAUGGGCGCACACGCUCCAAGUAAACCCGAAGUUGUAGUUCUUGGACGAAAUGAGUUAACUGUUUCGUGGAAUCCACCAGAAGUACCGUUAGGGCGUAUUUCUAGAUAUGAUCUAGUUAUGAAUAAUAAAACGAUAUUUUCUGGAACGGAUUUACAUUUUCAUGUGACCAGAUUAUCGCCUGAUACUGAGUAUACAUUCCACGUUACAGCGGUGACUUCUGAGGGGAAGUGCGAAAGUAAAACCACAAAGAAGCGAACCGCAAAAGAUGAAUACGAAGGUGAGAGACAGCCACUUUAUCAAACUCCAGUGAAAAAAGAUGGAACAGAAGUCGACAUUAAAGUUGAUUCUCCGCCAAAAUCUGUUAAAAGAAGGCGAAAAUCAACAGCAACAGUUUGCUCUCAAGAAAAUGUCCCAGCAGUUCAGACAACUCCAAGAGUUAGUAGCGCAAGUGCCAAAAAGAAAGUUCGUGCAAAAACUCCAGAUGUAACCUUGAAAAGGUCGCAGACAAUGAUAGAAAAACCUGUAAGCUUAGUGAGGAAAGAAAGUGUAGAAACAACUGUAACAUCUAAAAGUUCUGAAGUUGAACAGCAGGAGGUAAGCGUUUGAUUUUUUAGCAAAUAAUUAAACAUAUUCCCCAUAAAGAUUUUCUUAUCAUUACAAAUUGUUGUAAACAAAUUAUUAAACCAAAAACAACCUUAUUGUUAUAUAAUAAAGAUUUGUAAAGAACUUAACGCACAACGUUGGAUUGAAAUGUUCGAUUGGCGCACUACUUUACGUUGUUAUAAUAAUUUUACAGAGAGUGCUCCUGUUCCUAGAAGGCGAACGUCCAUUUCUAAAAAGGACAUAGAAGUCAGUGAAGAGGAAACUACUAGAGUUCAUUCCAAGUUAACAAUGCCUAAACCUGAGUUUUUUGGUAUUAAGAAACAAACUCGAAAUAAUCAAUUUGAGCAUCAAAAUUCGGCUAAUUCAACAAGAAAAGAAUCUCAAACACCUUAUCGCUUCGAUAUUACUCGAACUUUUACUACUUUCAAUCUCUUGAGAACUGCCUCUCAAAACCGUCCAAAACCCGGUUAUGCUGAUGAAAAUCAAGGUCAAGCUGAGAAUCAGAUGCCAAGCUUACGUAGAGCGGCGACUUUUGUUCAGAAUAGCAGAAGAGAUAGUGGCCUAAGCCGAUCAUCUAAUAAUAGUAAUUCUAAUAAUAACUAUGUAAUUGACGUUCCUGAAACAGCAGUGAGAUCUGCGGCAAACCAUACAAAAUUUGUUCCAAUGCAAUUUAGAACUCAGCCGCAAAAUUUGCCAUCUUCUUUACACAGACAAGCUACAAUGGUUAAGGGGGAUAAAUCAACGCAAUGGUUAGAUAAUCUGCCAAAAAAGGAAGAUCAUGGCCAUCUGACUGGUUUAAGUAUGAAAACCAAAGUCUUUCAAAGCCGUCCGUUGCCAAAUCAACUUCCGUCUUCGAGUCGAAAGCCUAAAAAGACGGUUGCUUUCGUUUCAUAGUGCCUUUAUUACCUGUUUCAUUAAUGGGAAAUAAGCGAAAAUAAACAGAAUAAAUAAAUAAAUAAAAUAAACUGAUCAUUUGGUUCUCUUUUCAGUUCCUUUUUUUUUUAAAUGAAAACAACAAAUAUUUGUUAUACAAGAAACAAUCUACCUUUUAUGUUUUUCUCUUUCAAUAAAGAUUACUUAAUUUCUCUUUUUGGGUUCGAUUGAUU